AACACAGCAACGAUUGUCAAGAUGACACAAGACCCAACAGUGUUUUGUUCCGUUGUACAUAGGGUUGCUAUGGGUCAAAACCAACUCUACAGCACCUGCCAACAACAUCAUGAGUGUUUGGAGUUUGGGAAGUGAGACUUAUCUGAAAAGAGCAGUCAGCUGUUCUGUGGUGAAAAGCAAGAGAGGAACUUCUGUCUUCCCUUAAGCCAAGUUAAAACCCUGAGAGUCAUUAAGUGCCUGCUAGGAUAUGACACAUGUAGGACAUGAUGCUUUCAAUAUGAGAAGCUUUGGUUAGAACCACAUGUAAUCACAGAGUAAAAGUGGAAGUGACGGGAGUAAGAUGCAUGUGGCUAAAGUGAAUUUGUCUCUUUGGCCCGGUGUUGAUUCCAUGAGAAGGAGCUAACCAUGAACCACCUAGAGUAGAAACCCACCUAAAUGUGCUUCCUGCCACUGGCAAGUCAACCCCAAUGAAAAGAGGCUGGCUGUAUAGAGUAGGAGGCAGAAAACAGCGUACAGUGUUUUGUAAACAGGAUUACCCUCAUCAGACAAACAGAAUUUCUCUGCAACAGAAUUUCUGAAAAACCCACAGAAGUAGUUCAAGAGAAAAGAGAGCAUCUGGAGUAUCAAUGCACAAAUUAAAACUGUCCAGGUAGGAAGACCUUUUCUGCAUGUUUAUGUCUACUCCAUUCCACCUUCACUCAUUCCUGGGGGUAGGUUUAGGGGGCAGAAAGUGCUACUAGAGAGGGAAGGAGGAGCUCAGGCAGAACCCAUCAAACUUGCUGGCUCUCUUGAGGGCUUUCAAACCCCAAAUAAGCCCAAGCUUGGGGAAAGAAGACAUGUUAAAUUAGGUAAAAGUUAGACGUUAGAUAUUAGAUUAAAUUCAACUUUUCAUUAGCCUAAAUAGAGAGAACAAUAUUUACUACCUGAGAGAGAAUGAAAUGACUAUGGGAACUGCCUGUGAUGUGAGAAAAAAUGCAGGGACAGGAAUUGCCUAUGAUGUGGGAAAAAAGGUUAUUUGCCCACCUGAUUAUUGAUAAAUACAUAGAAAAGUUGGAGAUACAUGGUGGUAAAAUUUAUAGCAAGGUAUUAGUAACUAAAACAAUGCUACUGUAUCUGUGAUCAUCUAGAUAUAAUAAUAUUUAGGUUACUACAAAAUUAAAAGGAUGAUUGUGCAGAUAUUAUUGAUUUGCCUUUCCAGAUCUGCUGCCCACCAUCUAUAUCCUACUCUUUACCCUGGAACAUUAACCUGUUGGGAUAAUUUGCCCUCUGGCUUCCACUUGCCUUUGGCCAACUGGCGCUUGGCAGGUGAUCAGAGGAAAGAGGAGAUAGAGUUCAGGGGCUGAUGGGCCUGGGCCUCUGCCUGUAAGCAUGGACUUGCUGUGUUCCCCUCAGGGCUGCCUGCUCUGUCCAGCUCUCUUUCCUUCAGGAUUUUCCACAUCAGUGAAGUCUAUGGGGCAAAGACUAAAGGAACUGGGUUUCUAUUCUAGAUUUGCCACAAUUGCCAGAGAUUUGGGAUUUGAUUGCCAAAGUUUGAAACUAUUUUCCCUCAGAUUAUAAAAUCAUAUUUCCAGAAUUACAUUUUUCUUUUUAGUCUGGUAUCAAGACAUGAUAGAAAAGUUCUAAAACUGGAUUGUGGCUAUAGUUACACAGUUUUAUAAAUUUGCUAAAAUUUAUCAAACUAUAUCCUUACAAUAAGUGAAUUUUAUGGUACAAAAAUUAUAUCUUAAUAAAUCUGAUUAAAAAAUAAAGCUCAGUUUUCUGGCCUGCCUCAUAGAUAUUGGGCACUGCCUUCAAGUAACAGAAAAGGUAAUUGGAAAAUAUGAUUUCAUUCCUAAAUUCUACACUAUAGAUUGAAUCUUCUUUUUUUCUAUUUGGCAUGAGUCUUUAGAAUGCCAAAAAUUUGUUAGUAUUUUUUGUUUCUCUUCAAAUUAUAUUAUUAAAUUAUUAGCACGAUUUGUAAUCAAUGUUGUUUUAGGAUCAGGAAAUAUUUUAACUGUUAAGCAAUUGCAAAUUACUAUAUUAAAUAAAAUAUGAAUAUAUUGGGGAGUAUAAUUCAAAAUUCACAUAAAUAAUUCAGCUAAAACGAAAGGCAGCUAUACUUCAUGUACCCUAAAUGAGUGCAAUUUCAAUUCCCUUGACUUUAGGGUUGUAUCAGGUGAAAAUUUUAAAAAUACUAAAUAUGAUAUUAGAUUAUAUAUGCGGUAGAGAGUUGAAAAAUUUUGAUUAUUGAGGUCAUAGGAAAUAAACUUUAAAAAAACAUAUUUCCUCUGAGGUUUUCACCAGCAGGUCAAACUGUGAACCCUUGUAUGUACUUUGAGAGGACAAUUUGAGGACAACCUCUGAUUAGCUUCAGGCAUAUUAUUUUUUUUUUCCUUAUUCCGUAUCAUGCUUUAGAAAAGAGAACACAUACAUAUAUACACACACAUUCACACAUAUGAAGAUGCCAGAUGAAGAAAGAUACAUGACACUGAAUGUACAACUCAAGAAAAGGAGUUCCAUUCAAACAUCCCAACUUAAAUUUGAAGAUUUUUCAGUGAUCUUGCACUGGUAUAAAACUUUACUGGGAAAAUCUGGAAUAGUAAAUUGUAUUCUGACCUUGACUUUGAUCACCUUGACUCUUUUGGCUUUUCAGGGAGUGUUGCUAAAAUGCUCAAAAGAAAAUAAUCCAAAUAUCACCUAUCAAGAGGAACUUGGAAAUGUGAAAGUGAAGAGUGAAGCAAGAAGAAAUAAAGGACUGUGCCCAUCAGAAUGGCUAAAAUAUCAAGAGAAGUGUUAUUGGUUCUCUAACGAGUUGAAAAGUUGGAGUGACAGUUAUGGGUAUUGUUUGGACAGAAAAUCUCACCUAUUAAUUAUACAGGACCAACUUGAAAUGGCUUUUGUACAGAAAACUCUGAGACAAUCAAACUACAUGUGGAUUGGACUUAAUGUUACCUCCCUGAAGAAGACAUGGACUUGGGUGGAUGGUUCUCCAUUAGAUCCAAAGCUAUUCUUCAUAAAGGGACCAGCUACAGAAAACAGCUAUGCUGCCACCAAAGAAAACAAAAUUUACUCUGAAAUCUGUAGCAGCGUUUUCAAGUGGAUUUGCCAAUAUUAAGAUUAAAAAAAAAAUGAUAAAGGGACAAUCAGCAAAGUUUUUGGCUUGUAAUAUUCUAACUGUUAAUCUUUGAGGAGUAAGACUUUUAAAAUGCAAUUAAAUACCAAAAUCCCUUCUCCCUCUGUCAUCUAUGUUGGUCUUAGCUUCAGAGUAGCCCAUGCUAAUAAUCUAGUAUGCACCCUUCCAAAUGUUUUAUAUGAUAAUAUAAUCCAAUGUGAGCCCAUGUUUUCAUAUCCAGAAUUUUUUUAUUUGUUGUUUAUUUUACAACAAAUAUGAUCAAAUAAGUCUGCUUUUCUGUAUGUUUAUUUUUUUUUAACUCUUAGUAUCUUAUGAAAAUUUCUUAUAGUUCUAAGGGUUCCAUAAUAGCAUGGGUUUAUAUAUUUUUUUGCACAUUCAUUUUCACAUUUUUCUUGCAAAUCCAUUUUCUUUCUAUGUAGCACCUAUCUGUCACCACACUAUCAUCACUGAAGUAAUAACCUCUUUAUUAACGAGCAAUUUGUUUUUAGGUUUUGCUACUAUAAAUUAUGCUACAAUAAACAUCCUGAAUAUAUUGUCUUAAAUA